CCAGAGAGAACGUGUUUCGUCGUGUUAUUUGGUUUAAAAAACUGAAACAAUGCCGGGUUGUUGUGUUCCUGGGUGUAACAAUCGAAGCGAACGUGGUUACAGGUUAUUUAGGUUACCUUGUGAUAAGAAUAAUGUAGAGAGAACUAAACUGUGGAUGGAGUUUAUUAACAAAGAUGCGUUAGCUCCAAGAGCAUCUGUUUGUGAAGCGCAUUUUGACGAUAAACAAUAUGAGUUGAACCGAAUUGACAGAAAAAAGCUGUUGAAGAGAACUGCUGUUCCCACAAUUACUGUAGAAGAUCUUAAAAAGAAAAGGUCGAAUGAUCACACAAUGUUCACUCAAGAACUUCAGAAAGGCACACCAUCCACUUCUAAUAUUCAAAAUGAAUCAUCAGAAGAGCCGCAAGCAAGUAAUAAUGAAGAUGAAGAGUUGUAUGUCACCAAUUUACAAUUCCAAAGACUGCAACAAAAAUUACAAGCUUCCCAAGCAAAGGUUCAUACUUUAGAAAGCCAAGUAAAACAAUUUGAAGAACAGUUGAAAGUGAUUUUUAACGCGGAUCAAAUACAUAUGUUAAAAUACAAGAACCAUCGAGGCUAUCAGUGGUCUGAUGAAACUGUUCAGAGAGCUCUUAAACUGUACAUGGCUUGUGGAGCAAAAGGCUAUCAAGAACUUUGCAAGCAACAAUAUCCCCUUCCCAGUAUUCGUACAUUGCAACAUAGAAUCCAGAACUUUAAAGUUCAAGCAGGUCAAUGCGUUUGAAAAUCAAGAAAAGUAUGCUUCCCUCUUAUUAGAUGAAAUAGCAAUAAAACCGGGUUUACAAUAUGAUAAUUCUACAAAGGAAGUUGUGGGA